CACAAGCCAACCACGAAGCAACAUGGCUGUACACGCUGGAGAAUAAUUGAUGUGACAGAGGAAAGAAGCACCGGAAGUACCUGAGUGGUUUCCGAGCCAGGCCAGGGUCCGGAAGGCGCCGCCACGCGUCACAAACGAUGAGGGGGGCCGAGACUCAUUAACGCUUGACUGACCUGACCACAUGAACAUUUCGACCAAGUAGAAGGGGCGGCAUAUUGCUAUCCUCCUGUUGACGCCCGUAAUCGAAAUGCUUCCAGCGAGCGACUAUCUCGAACAGUCAACAUGACGUCGGUCUUCUCAUCCAUCGUCCUGCCCAAAGGCGGCCGUUUCUUGCGCAAACCCGACUUUCUCAAACCUCGCCCAUCCGAUGAAUCCUUGUCGACAGAGUCCAAGAGACCUUUGGAUCCGGAUGAAUUACUGAAUGCUGUUGCGGAAGAGGAGGGGGCAGAUCUCAGGGACUUGAAUACUGCACUAGGAGCUUUGGUAGACAUCUUUCCCGAUGUACAGCCUGACGUCUUUCGCGAGAUGCUAUUGAGUCUGAGUGAUGAGAGUAGACUGGAGGUUGUGACGGAACACAUUUUGAGGAACGGUGCCCAAUAUAUCCAAGGACGCUACAGGAAGAAGCCAAAAGACGACAAGGAUACCCCGGCUCGCCACGAUGCGCUUCCCAAGGACGAGACGUUUCGGAGUGAGAAGUAUAAGCGUGCCGUCAAGGACACUCUAUACCUCGAGUUCAAGAGCUUGAGCCAUUCUUCCAUUCGAGCUGUGCUGGCUGAACACAACUAUUCCUAUGCUCUUGCCCAUCCGACUCUGCAACAUCUAGCUUCUAAAUCCUGGAGGGCCACCAUCACCACAUUCUUUGCCAGGAAACGUCCUGCAACUUCCGAUCCCGACUCGCACCCUCAUGUUGAAUGGUUACCUAACACCGCCGAGCCUCUCAAUCUCCUCCCCUAUCUCAAGCGGACAGGUUGUUCAGAGUUGGAUCAAGAGUUGUACCGCAUGUACAUUGCACCCGUGCUUGCACGCCAGAAGCAAGAACGACUGGAUAGUGAUGAAGCUAUGGCAAACGAGAUGAACGAGGCUGAAGCCGAAGAAGCAGAUGCCCUGUUUGACUGCGAGUGUUGCUUCACUGCCUACCCUUUCGAGCGAAUAUCCACAUGCGACUCACAUGCUGGCCAUUUCAUCUGUUUCCGAUGCAUAAAGCAUGCCGCCAACGAAGCCUUGUAUGGUCAAGGAUGGGCAAGGAAUAUCGACUUGACCAAAUCUUCAAUGAGAUGUCUGGCUCCAUCAGUUCCUGAAUGUCAAGGAUGCAUUGCUCCCGAACUGGUCCGAAGGGCUUUGUGUACAGAAAGAGAUGGCGCUAUGAAUUGGCAAAAACUUCAAGAGCGUGCGACCUCGGAGAUUCUGAUCAAGAGUCAGAUGCCUCUACUGAGAUGCCACUCCUGCCCAUAUGCCGAACUUGAUGAGCCGAUCAGUCUGAGAUUCAGAGACCCAAUGACUUUGACCGGAAUCCUCGUGCACAUGCCACUAGAUCCGCUCAAGUCUUUGAUCGCGUUGCUAUUCAUCUUUGUUUAUCCGCUGGUAUGGGUUUUGCUAUACCCCUUCCUACUUUUUGUCGCCAUAAUCGACAAGCCAACAUAUGCCCGCAUCCAAGCAUCCCGGACUCGCACAAUCCGUAGAAGAAGAGGUCUGCGGUUCACCUGCCAAUCCACGACAUGCGGCAAAAGCUCGUGUACCAAUUGUGGAAGUCCGUGGUCAGAUCCUCACGCUUGUAACGAAGCAUCUCUACAAUCUUUGCGACAAGCCAUCGAAGCUGCAACGACGAGCAGCAUCAAGCGGACUUGUCCAAAGUGCAAUCUCAGCUUUGUCAAGUCUAGUGGCUGUAACAAGCUUGUAUGCAAUUGCGGAUAUACCAUGUGCUACGUUUGCCGACAAGAGAUUGGAAGAGAAGGAUAUGGUCACUUCUGCCAGCACUUCAGAGAGCUAGGAGGCCGGUGUUCAGAGUGUGAUCGCUGCGAUCUCUACAUUGUUGAAGAUGAAGAGGGCACGAUCCGAAGAGCCGCAGUUCAGGCUGAAAAGGAUUGGCUGGAGCGAGAGGGAAAGAGUAAAGAUACGGAUGACAAGCUUGGAGCCGUGGUCAAUGAUGUUCUUGCUAAUACGACUGGAGGGAAAAGGUAUGAUUAUGAUGCAUGGUUGGAUUUUUUCAUGUCGAUUAUUUUGGAGUAAAGGUCAUGAACGGCGUUAGGAUCUGGAAGAUACCCCUAUUAUAUCAUGGCUCCCGGAUAUCGAUACUCAGAUAUCAUUUUCUUUUCUUCAUAUUAAGCUUCAGAAGCGAAGAAUUUGUGCUUCUUCAACUGUUCCAAAGACACAGACUUGGUAGAUGAUGUGUCAAACGAGUUAUCGGUCUUUGGCGUGAAGUAGUGGAUUUCUUCGAUGCCGGUGUUCUCGACGAAUGACAGUACCUUGGAAAAGUUGAGGCCUACCUGACUGGUAGCGUGGCUGUCGUCAGAAAGGGCAAAGCGUCCUCCUUUCUUGACAAAUUCCUUGCAGAUUUCAGCCUUGGGAUACGGCUCAGACAUGCCCUUGCGAAUGGCACUAGAAUUGAGUUCGAGGAUGCCACCAUAGCUUGCAACAAAGUCAAGAUUUCUGACAAUCUUCUC